AUGAAUUCGAGAUGUUUUAAAGUUUUAUUUCUCACGCUCAUCAUAUCUGUCCGUCCAGCUGUUGCUACUCCUUUUCAUAUUUUGCUGAUAGUUGUGGAUGACUUAGGGUGGAGCGAUGUAGGGUUUCACAACCCACAGAUCAACACCCCGAAUAUAGAUCACCUUGCUUCUAAAGGAGUAAUACUUGAUAAUUACUAUGUACAACCUACUUGUACUCCAACCAGAGCCGCUCUUCUUUCCGGGAUGUACCCCAUACACACAGGUAAAUAUACAUUGAGUAUUGUGUUUUAUAUUCAGCUGAGGUGCGGAAAUUAAGCAAUUCUCAUUUUGAUUUCAAAACCGACGUCAGUCGCAAUCACAGAACAUACCUGCUUAUCAGUCACUCAAAUCAGUAAGGUUAAAACUCAAAGUUUUCUAGCUUUAAAUAAUCUAUUUUGACUGAAGAGAAAAAUAAUUGGAAGGAUUCAUUACGCAGUGGGAGCUAGUUCAAGGUCGCUGGCUUUCAAUUAUAUCGCCAUGCACUGCUACAUUUCGCUAGAGUUCUUCUAGGUAGCUCUGAAACUCCGUCUUUUAUGAGUUCUUAAAUCACUAACUGGUUUUCAUUCGGCCAGUUGAAACUCUAAAUUCCUAUUUUUUGCUUGCAACAUUUAGCAAAUUGAGUCGCCAUGAGUUUAGUGACCAUGAAAAAAAGGGUAAUUGACGUGCGUUGUCAGAAAAAAUGUUGACGAAAAAUCUUGUUAACGUUAUGAAAAAUGCCUUAUGUUUCUAGUCAUCAUUGAAGUGAGACAUUUGCUCCUCCAAAAGCUGAAUUCGAAUGGGGGCAUUUAAGUCAAAUUAACAUAUAAGAUUUUAGAUAAUAGACCAUUGUUGUCUCUCUUGUGCCUAUCAACUAUAGUUGUGGCGAGGCCCGGUAUCACUUGUCAAGAAUUAUCUCUUCCUUCUCUGAAUUUUUUGAGCAAUGCGAAAUAAACAUAACAAGUUUUCAAGGAACUUUUCCAUCUCUAAAACAGGAGGGCACAAUGAUGAAAAACUAUUUGAAAGAUGAAAGAGGAAAGAGCAGCAAUCUUUAUCCAUUAUACCAGACCUUAAUUAAUAUUAGUACGAUGGAUAUUCAAAUUUUUCGCUUUUCUGUGUGACAUGAAAUUUCCACGGGGAUCUCUAAUAUUCGGAAAUAAUAAUAUCGCGGAUUCCAAAAAAUUUCUUAAAUUUAAAUCCACGAAAAUGGCUGUCCGAGAACGGUAAAAAAAAGGAACGCUAACAGAGUAAGUAAAUUUCUUUCCCUUGCGUCAGUUUCAAAAUAAAUCAGUCGAAAGGGUAAUUAAACAAAGAUUAAAAAUAGAGUGUAUAUCAAAAUGAUUAGAGAGGUUCGAGAAUGGGCAGGGAUUGUUUCUAGCAUUAGAAAUUACCAUGGUUUCAAUUCAAAGAGUCCAAAAACUAAGGCUGCAGAGCAGCUGACGUACGUAGACGCCAUUCUUAUUUAAUUUCAAAACUCCAGUGAUAAUCAAAGGAAAUACUUGCUUAUAGACUCAGGGACUGUUAACGUGGAGGGAGGAAGAUCCUAAAGGGCGGAAAAACUUCUCAUUGGGUUUACAUGCAGCAAUUUUGAUCCCUGUGGUGCUAAGUCUUCUCUCUUUACUGGGCGUUUUACAAAUGCGAAUUAUCACCUGAUUACAGAAUUAUCAGCUCUUAGUAAAUAUAACGAAGCCAAACGAAAUAGUUGGCCCUUCUCGCCGUGAUUACCCACAGAACGACGACCCGCCGCCAUUUCUCUCUGGUUUGUCCCUAAGUAUCUUCCUUGCGAAAGCAGUGUACAUGGUGCUAGGAACUUCCUAGAACUAGGAUCUUUCUAACUUUUAGCUACGAAGACCCUAGUACUAGGAAGUUCCUAGCGCUAGGGACAGGCAAGUACAACCCAUUACUAACACUAUUGAAUACAGCCUGCUGAAACAUAUGGCGCUAGCAGGAUGAUCCGCCUUCUAGGAUCUUCCUGGAUAACAUUCAAAGUUCAGGAAAGAAAAAGAAAGUUGUUGUCUUGAUUUUCCAUCUUUGACAAAACGUGAAAUUAAGCAGUCUCGCGUUGUAUAGUCAUGCAACGACGGCAGAGAAAUGUACAAAAAAGCGUGUGAUGCAUGUGCAAAGUUGAUUGCUUUUAAUUUCGUGCCGUUCUCGUUAUGUUCACCGCUGUCACUGCUUGAGCUCCCCAUUUUUAGUAGCUCUGGAUCAAAUUCCCUGCUGCCGAGCUUGUAAAUCACUAACUAGUUUUUAUUUAUUUUAUUAUUAUUAUUAUUUUUAUUAAAUUGUUAUUGGGACUUUGAGAUCCAACGACGCGACGGCAAUGAGAACGUCGCUUAAAAAGUGAAUUUCGGCCGGUUCUUUCGAUCUUUAUCGCAAUUGGUCCUACCCACUUACUUUGUCAAAUGUAGGCGAACCCUCGUGGAGUUGAAUUCCUGCGCACCAUAUCCAAGAACAGAAAGAGAAAUAAAUUUCGUCGUUGCUUGUUUACGUCCUCCAUAAAACGCGAAAUUAGGCAUGUUCACGUCGUAGUCGUGCAAAAACGAGCAGAGAAAUGUACAAUAGGGCGUGGUGCACGUGCAAAGUUCUUGUUUUGCUGAUAAAACCUAUUGUUUUUUUGGCGUUCUCGUUACCAUCCGUAUCGUUGGAUCUUAAAAUCCCCAAUAUUUUACGUUUGGAGUAUCCGUUCUACUCCUAACAGUGGGAUACAAUCAAAAUACUGGCAAGGUCGCCAUGAAUUGAGUUACCUACGUUAAGGGCAAUUUAGCACGUAUUGCCAUGUCUUCCCGGCCCCAGUUAUAAUGUUCAAAAUUUUUUGCAUAGUUAUGUAUUUACCUACCAGAACCUCGGUACAUUACCGUUUAAGGCCCGUUUUCAAGUUAAAAAACAGUCCGUAUUUCUUAAAUCUAAGAAUUUCUGACGGGAAAAUUAAACAGUGCCCUGUGAAAACGUCGUUAAAUAAGGUCUCAAGUAAACAGGUUAAUUGCUUGCCCCAUGAUUAUGUAAUUAACAUAUUGAAUUGCACUACAUAACUGUCUAGUAGAGUUCAUAUAAACAGAUAAAAACGCGAGAUAAAAUCAGUAACAUCAAUAUAAAAGCAAAGAGCAAGAAUAUAGUCACACCAAAAGUAACAAUAGACUUUGUCACGGUUUUUGACGCCAUGACUGACGAGUAGGCAAACGAGUGAGAAAUUACAGGCACUGAAUUACAGUGUUUGUAUGAGAAUUUAAUGUCGAAUACUUUCCGUAAAACGGCUGUUGUGAAAAAAAAAUGGAAUUGUAAAAGACGCUACAAAGCAAAGGAUUUUACUAAAGCAUUUGGGGGGCUUACUUGUGCUUAAAUUUCUCUAGAGGCUUGCUUUAGAUUUUCCAAAUAUUUGUCGGUAAUUUUUCCCGGGACUUUCUUAAUACAGACGACAAAUGUAUAGAAAAUUUACAAAAAGUGGUUGUAGGUCUUCUAGGGCAUUUAACGCCCUCAAUUCUUUUUCAGUAGAAUCCUUUGGAGUAAAGCUUUAGUUUACAAUUCAUAUUUUUUUCAGAUCAGCCGUUCUACGGAAAAUAAUCGACAUUAGAUUCUCAUACAAACACUGUAAAUUCUCACGCGUUUGCCUACUCGUCAAGAUGGCGUCGAAAACCGUGACAAGGUCUAUUCGUUUUCUGUUUCUUCUUCUGUAAAGCAACUAAGCUUAAAUAUGGUGGCAUUCGUAAUAUCCUCGACAAGACUAGCACUCUUGCGUUAAUUAAUCAGAAACACUCUCUUCAAAUUCCGAUCCGUUGAGCUCCGUUGGUAAUUCAUUACUCAGAUUACUUCGAGAGGGCCCGCUCUAUUACUUUCACUCGGAAGAGUCUUUUUGUAAGUUGGCCUUGUGAAGUCGGUGAAUUGAACUGAACCGUUGGAAAUGCACGCUAAAUGUAGGUCUAUAGGUGCGUUUUCGGGUCCAAACACUUAUUAUUUUUUUUCGAUCUACAACAUUCGGGCUUGAAAACAACAGUGCCGUCUGGUCUACAUCAUAUUACAAUGAGGUCCUGAAUUAACCUUUUAUUAUUAUUAUUAUUAUUAUUAUUAUUAUUAUUAUUAUUAUUAUUAUUAUUAUUAUUAGGAAUGCAAAAGGAAGUCAUAACUCAUGACCAGCCAUACGGACUGCCCCUUAGUUUUACUACUUUGCCACAGAAACUCAAAGAAGUAGGUAAGACUAUAAUAAUACUCUGUAGAAACAACGUUCUCAAGCAAAUAAAAAGAUCCCACAACCGUUAUAAGUUCAACAAGCUAUCGAACUGGAAGAAUCCUUAGCCUCGAUCACAGCCGCUGAGCGGGAAAUGAGCCUGCUCUCCACCCCCGGUACAGUAUCCUACAAUAACUACCCCCCCCCACCCCCCCUUCCCUCCACAGUGUAUACAACGUUGUUAUUACAAAAGAGAUUCAACGGUAUCUUUUUCGCUUUAUUGAUUUUUGUUUAAUAUUAUAUUAUAGCUAAGACUGCGACUCUGUCUGAUAGAGAGAAUACGGAAAUAUAGUAUACUGGAAUGGUAUAAAAUUUAGAAUUGCGUAUGAUUGGUUGACAAUCGGACUUUUUUUUUGCCGGCUAUUUUAAGCGGUGCGGUGUUUGAUCUAAGGGGCGCUUUACUGCACACUCUUUGCACGCGUCUUUAAGGUAUGACUAGUGCAGAGUUAACCCAGAUCUGGGUAGCACUUCUGAUUGGUUGGGCCUGGAAAGAAAUUGGCUUCAACCAAUCAGAAGCACUACGCAGAUCGGGUAAAGGUAGUGACACGUCAUCAGUAUGGAAUUUCUGUUCGACGUCAUUUCGCGAGGAAACCACUGGUGACGUCGCGAAAUUUCAGCCGUUUUCUGAUCUCAGGCUAACCAAUUGCUCUUGUAAAUUAUCUUUUCAUUCCAGGAUAUUCUACGCACAUUAUAGGCAAAUGGCACCUUGGCUUCUUUCGUUGGCCUUACACCCCGUUAUACCGUGGCUUCGACUCCUUUUACGGUUUUUACGGUGGAUAUGAAGAUUACUACAGCCAUGAAUAUGAGGGAAUCCUUGAUUUUCUUGACAACAAAAAACCCGUAAGAGAUAAGAGUGGAGUUUAUUCGGCAACGCUGUACGCUGAGGUACUUACAGACUUCCAGAUUGUCAGGAGCUUAUAACUCGGAGAGAACAACUCCAUACUAGGCCUAUGCAAAGGCGUUUUUACGGACCAGUUUAUUUUAAGACACUUUUUACUGCGUAGGGCACUUUUUACUGCGAAAAUGGAAUCUCCGCCACGUCUAUGAACACAUUCGAAGAAUAAGAUACCAGAAAGGAAUACGCAACGUCAUUAAAAGGCAAAAAUUAUCAUUUUUAAGUCUGUAGGUUUUGCCGACUGCUUUGUGGGACUUAAAAGAAAUUCUCAAUUCCCAGCAAAACCGUUCUCAAAAUAAACUGGUCCAUAAAAUUGCCGUGACACGAGCACAUGGAAGUUGCUCGCUUCAGGUUAUGGGCUCCUGAGAUUGUUGAAUAGUACUCAAUACCGAAAUACAGUAGAACCAAAUAAUAUGACUUUUCCUCCAUGAAAAUUUGACCGUAGUCACCGGUUUAGUGUCCUAUCUCCCUCCAAGGCGAGGGCUGUAAGGCUCAAUUUUUGCGAGGCCUCAAAAAAUUAGAGAGCUUUAGAUUCUAUGACGAGCUAGAGUUGAAUUAUAAAAGCUAGUACGACUACGAGAAAGAAAUUUCCUUAAUACUAAGUAGUGCGCGCGCGUGAACCAGCGUCAUGUUGGCGGGAAAACUUGGUAGCCGUCGUCAUAUAGCGUGCCCGUGUGUGUGCGUGCCCGUCGUCACGAUAGCGUGCCCUACAGUUCCCUACUAAUAUAUACAGCUAUUUCGAGAAAGGUCGUCGGAUAAAGUGCACGCAACAACCCCCAAAGGUUUGUGGGUGGUUUUGAGUGCACUGUUUUUCAAAGAAAUUUGAACGAAUGGCAGGAGAUGCCAUGGACGUAUGUCUGCGAGUGCUAAAGGAAAGCAACAAAAGUAGGUUCGACAACUACAGUGUCAGGAAUGGUGUAUUGAACAUAUCCCAUAUUACCUUUCGGGAUUGUCGCGUGCACAUAUUUUCCGACAACAGUUUCUCGAAAUAGCUGUAUAUAAAAAAAAUUACUUGACAAACUUGUCCAGUUUUGGUGAUCAAGAAAUGCUUGGGAAUGAAUCUCGAUGGCAGAAGUAUUUCACAUAGAAACUGGUCAGUAAUUUGUUUACCCUUAGGAGUUUUUAAGAAACCGUCCCGUCGGCUUCAAAAUAUAAGCGAAAAUCAAGUUAAAAGAACAUUUCCAAAUCAGUUUAUGACUUGAGUUUCUUUUUCUAUUAAACAGCAAGCAAGAAGAGUGAUCCUAUCCCACAAUGUAUCCAAACCCUUGUUUUUAUACCUUCCAUUUCAAAGUGUGCAUGCACCAUUAAGUGUUGAUCUAAGAUACGAAUAGAAGUAUCGACGAAUUCGCAAAAAAAGGAGGCGAACUUAUGCUGGCAUGGUUGACAUUUUGGACGAAGCGAUAGGAAACGUCACAGAAGCUAUGAAAGAGGCUGGGUGAGUCGUCAACGGUAUAAGUUCGUUAAAAGAGACUUUUCACAUUCUAAGACAAACACGCCUACGAGGACAAGAAGUUCUCUAUACCAAGUAGUGGGCACGCGUGAACCAGAGUGGCAGAAAAACGUGACGACAAAAAACAAUCUCAAUGCCUAAACAUAGUCUUCAAUAACAAAACAAUUGACGCGGAAUAAAAAGACAGGCGACAAAUGACGUCAGAGAAACGAGCGAAUGAAUUCCAUACUGAUGACGUGUUACUACCCAGAUCAGGGAAGUACAUCAGUCUGAUUGGUUGAGGUAAAUUUCUCACGCAGCACGACCAAUCAGAAGCACUACCCAGACCUGGGUAAUGCUUCUGAUUGAUUGAAGUAAAUAUCCCAAGAGGCACGAGCAAUUAGAAGCACUACCCAGAUUUGCAUGGGUAGUAACGCGUCAUCAGUAUGAUGUUAUCAGUAUGGAAUUUCUUCCGUUCCUCCUCGGGCGCUACUUCGCGGGGAAACCAGUGACGGCGUGGUGAAAUUUUCGUUGUUGUCUUACCUUUUAAAAAAUAUACCAAAUAGCUUGACUUAGUCCCCUAACCAACACUUCUUAUGAAAAGGUUGUACUUCUUUGCUUUCGUUUCAGUCUAUGGAACCACACCUUGACGAUUGUAACUACUGAUAAUGGAGGCGAUCCUACCCAAGGUGGAUACAACUGGCCCCUCCGCGGACAGAAAGGCAGCCUCUGGGAGGGAGGGGUCAGGGGAGUUGGUCUAGUUCACGGAAGGAUGCUUCAGAAGACUGGGGUUAAGUGCAAGGAGCUCUUUCAUAUCACUGACUGGUAUCCGACUCUUGUUAAUCUGGCAGGUAAAUUAAAAAAAAUGUUAACUUCCAUUCAAGGACAUUGAGGUGCGCAACUACCUGUGCUCCAAUUCGCAGAUAAAUAGCAAGCUAAAACAAAAAUACAUAAGUAAAGCCGAAGGACAGAAAGUGAAUAAAACUUUGUCGAAGAAAAUGAAAUGUUUUCCCUGAUUUUGACACAUGCGAAAGCGAUAUUAACUGCUGCUUGAAAAACAUGGUCGUAUAAGACCAAGAAAGACAAUUACAUCAACUUAUUAUAAAAAGAAACACAAAUUUAGAGAGAGAAAAGGGCACGCUUCUGGUUGACGAGCGUCGCUCAAAAACGAUUUUGCUUUAGCUCCAACAACAACAACAACAAGCUCAUAUUUGCAUGACCAUACAAGAACCGCAUUGUAAAAGCUACGUUACUUUGGUAAUAAUUUGUCACGAACAUCAAAGCAAGCUGAAAUAUAUCUUAUGAGUUGUAUAUUGAUAAAGGGUAACUAGAGGAGUUCAUCAGUUCAUUGAUCAUAACGUUUACAUAGGUAACUGAGUAAUAUUUGGAAUCAGAGUCUUGAUUUCAUAUAUUGUAAAAAACAUUCCUAAUCAUAGAGUAUGUAGGACAGCGAAAAAGAAAGAGAACUUGGUCUUCUAUUAGAUUGCUAAUCUUAUAAAAAACCAAGUUCAAAAAGGGCAAUGCCUAUUAUCCUUCGUAUAUAGUUUGAUUGCAUGUAUCUACCCAAUUCUAUGAUUCUAGUUUGUGAUUGUUAUUCGUAGUUUUACUAAAGCCCUUCACCCAGCUGUUCCUCUUGUUAAGUGUAAGUAAUUGGAGGUGGUAUGAUCGGUUUUAAAAGAUCUAUAAAAUUCAAGUUUUUGAGAAUGUUGAAGGGUGUUUUGCUUUCGUAGUUUUACUAAAGCCCUUCACCCAGCUGUUCCUCUUGUUAAGUGUAAGUAAUUGGAGGUGGUAUGAUCGGUUUUAAAAGAUCUAUAAAAUUCAAGUUUUUGAGAAUGUUGAAGGGUGUUUUGCCAGCUUGAAAUUUAUUCCUGUUCAUUGAACUUACAUAGCUCCGUACUUUCUUAACCCAGGAUGGUAGCAAAAUUAAUUUUACGAUCAGUUUUAGUAUACUUAUUUUGUUCUCCUUAAUGACUGUUAGAUCGAUCUCUUGGUGUUGACCAAAGACGCACUGACGCUGCUAUUCGACAAUUGGAUGGCUUUAACAUCUGGCGCAGUUUAUCCGAAGGGGAGCCAUCGCCACGAAGGGAGAUUGUGCACGACAUUGGUGACCAUAGGGCAGCAAUUCGUGUUGGAGACAUGAAGUUGAUAUUAAAUCAAACUGAUAGGAAGAGGUAUAUCCCACCAGAGUUGGUUGGAAGUAUUCCAGCUGAGCAAGGAAAAAAGGUCAUCAUGUACACUUAA